CCUCGUUCUAGUAGUUAACCGAAACAAAUCGUGUGUAAGCAGUCCAUUAACACAAGUUCAUGAAUUCAUAAGCAGCCAGCCAUCGCUAGAGAGUUGUUCCUCUUCGUCUCGCCUUCGCUGUCAUUAUUUCUCUCAUUGCGCAAUCACUGAGGCAGUCAUGGGGGCCCAGUAAACAGGAGCAACAACUUGUUUAUCUUUCAUGUUAAUAUAGUCCCAGCAUUGUGUUUCUUUCUUCGCCUGUUGGAGUGUUCUUCAGUUGUACGCAACGUGUUGGUUUGUAUGUUCCAGUAAGAAGAGUCAAAAGAUGUUUGGUAAGAAGAAUCUGCUUCCGCACAGCCCAGACAUGCGCCGUGAGAACGGUGUGGUCAACCUGACUCACUCCCACAGUGUGGACGACCUGCCGCUGCAGGUCAUGACGAGGGUGGACUCCGACCCCAGGCGGACGUCAGCUGAGGUCACCGUGCAAAGUGAGGUCAGCGACAGCAAGCAGCCGUCACCGUCUCCUGUGGUCAGGGCAGAGGUCAAGGGAGGCAGGAACUCGCGAGCAUCCGAUUUUUGUUGCUUCUCUUCGUGUCAGGAAUCACCCACAGAAGAUACGCACGUGUCGUGUGAGGAGGAGGGGGAAGAGGAAGGGAGGCAACACCACACUGAGCAGGAGAGGCAACUAGGGAUACUGUACUCUGUGACGGACGUGCCGCCGGUUCGCCUGUGCUUCUUGUUUGGGCUUCAGCAUGUUCUGCUGAGCAUCAGCGCCACCAUUUCUAUCCCACUCAUCGUCAGUCGUCUCAUCUGUGCCGACGACCUGACUUUGGUCAAGUCAGAGAUCAUGUCCACCUUCCUCUUCAUGUGCGGGGUGUGCACCAUUCUCCAAAGCACUCUCGGCGUCAGACUUCCCAUCAUCCAAGGCGGCUGCCACACGUUCAUUCCCGCCAUCGCUGCUCUGCUGUCGCUGCAGAUGUGGAAAUGUCCUGAUAUGGAGGCUUUGACAAGUGCCAAUGCAACUGAGGAAAUCACUGAAGCGUGGCAGAGCCGAAUGCGAGAGGUUCAAGGCGGCAUCAUGACAGCGUCUCUAGCCCAGGUAAUUAUCGGCUGCACGGGCAUGCUGGGACUGCUGCUGGAGUACCUGGGCCCCAUCACUGUCGUCCCCACCAUCUCUCUUGUAGGGUUGUCGCUGGUGGACGUGGCUCUCCAGUUCUGCCAGAAACACUGGGGCAUCACGGCGCUGACUGUUGGUCUCGUGUUCCUCUUCUCGCUGUACCUCAGCAAAGUCAGGGUACCCUUCCCUUCAUGGACCAGAACAAAAGGCUGCCGACUUGUCAAGUACCCCAUCUUCAUGUUAUUUCCGGUGAUACUGGCAGUUGUCAUCGCCUGGGCAUUUAGCGCCAUCUUGACGGCCACUGACACUUUGAAGGAACCGGGUGUGCGCACUGAUUCCAAAUUCGAAGUUCUCCAAAUAGCUCAGUGGUUUUUCGUCCCAUAUCCGGGUCAGUGGGGGAUGCCGACAGUCAGUCUCGCCAGCUUCAUGGCCAUGUUUGCCGCCACCAUCACCUCCAUCAUCGAGUCCGUGGCCGACUACUACGCAUGCGCGCGCAUCUCGGGAGUUCCGCCGCCGCCUGCGCACGCUGUCAACCGCGGCAUCGCCAUCGAGGGCUUGGGCAGCCUGAUUUCCGGUGCAGUGGGGUCAGGGGGUGCAACGACCUCGUACAGCCAGAACGUAGGCGCCAUCGGCUUCACGAAGGUGGCGAGUCGCUGGGCGUUCGUGGCCGCAGGUAUCAUAUUCCUGGUCAGCGGGCUGUGCGGCAAGUUCGGCGCCUUCCUGACCAUGCUGCCAGACCCAGUGCUGGGGGGCAUAGUACUGGUCAGCUUCGGCAUGGUCACCUCCGUGGGGCUGUCCAAUCUCUCCUUCGUCGACCUUUCCUCGGGUCGCAACCUUUGCAUCAUCGGCUCCUCAUUGCUGGUGGGCCUCAUGGUACCCCGCUACCUGGCCGACCACCCGGACGCCAUUCAGACAGGUAACAGCGACCUGGACCAGGUGCUCAAGGUUCUGAUGGGUACAGCCAUGUUUGUGGGCGGUGCUCUGGCUUUCUUCCUCGACCUUACCGUGCCAGGCACUCCAGAAGAGAGAGGCAUCAUAAAAUGGCGUCAGAUUGCGGACCUCGCAGACUCCAGCCAGUCUUCAGACAACGACCACAUCACGGCCAACCUCUACGGCUUUCCGUGCCUGGCUGCCUGCCUACGUCGUAUUACGUGCUGCAGUUACGUCCCCUUCAUGCCCACCUUCGCCUUCAGACGGUGCUCUCCCUUCAAGAGGUUGUGUCGGAGGUCACGUGGCCCCUCAUCAGCAGACAACUGAUGAUAGCGAUCUUGUUAAGCCUCGGCCUAUCGUGGCCAUUGCCUUAAGACACAAUUUAAUUACUAAUAAAGAGGACGCAUGAGCAUGAGUGAGGCGCGAGGAAUGAACAGUUUGCAAAUGAACAAUUUGCUUGGAUGUCGCUUUUUCUUUAAUUAUAAAUCUUUAAUCAGUUUUGCCAUGUUAUGAAUUUGCUAAGAAAUGCUUAGUGUCUUCUUAUUGUUGGGGUUUUGAUAUUCAGUUAGUAAUUGUUAUGUGGUGACAUGAGAGUUUUGGUCGUCACUGACGGAUAAUUUCAAGACCAACGUUUUUGUUUUUUACUAACUUUAUUUUAUUGUUCCUAUACACACCCCGAUUUAGUUGUCUCCCAAUCUGAGUAGUAACUCCAGGGUUGUGAUAUGUUUGCUAUGGUAGAGUCACCUACUUGUGACUGUGUUGAUAAACACAGGUGACAUUCUGAUGUGAUAAAACUGUUUCUCUGUUGUAUGAUAACAAUUGUGUAUCUCUACCUUGGUCUUAAUAAUCUUCCUUUUUUUGUUUGA